UCUCUUGGACGUCGUUGUGAACAUACUCAUCUCAUCUCCACAGACAUGUCAGGGAAAGUUAUGCUGUUGUUUGCACUGCUGGUGGCUCUGCUGGUGUGCGGUGCGGCCUCCUCACCUGCAGCCCCUGCGGCUGGACGGGCUGAGACGACCAGCACACUCCAGCAGCUCCUGGCGAAGAGGGAGAGAGCGAGGGACUCGGCUCACAGACGGGAGGCGGCGCCUCAGACUCGCUCUGCACGGAUGGAGAGACGGGCACACCUGUCUGAGGAUGAACGGGAGAUUAUGACCAAGCAAAUAAUGCAAGCAAUUUCAGAGGUGAUGAACUCUGAGUGCAUGCUGGAUCGGGACUACCAGGGCUGGGUGGACUUUGGACGCCGGGACGCAGAGUGAGACGCCACGAUGAGGACCUCAGAGCUCACCCUGCUUUGUGUCCAGAUUUUAUAUUUAAAUGUUUUACUGUCCCUGCAACUUUACAAAUAAACUAUUUGGCAGAAUG